UGUCAUGCUUUCGAAUUGCAGACGAAUCCGGCAGAUUUAAAUUUUCGUGAUCUGUAUCUACAACGAAAAAGUGUAUUUGAUGAGCGUUUCACGUUGAUCGAAAAUAGCUCGAAGAAGGAGUUGGUGGCUAUGAUGAAACCUGUUUAUGAUACUCAUUUUGGUGUGACAAAUUCAGAAAUAUCUUGGGAAGUAUUCAAGGAAUUCGCUCAAAUAGAGCGUUUCGUGAUGUGCUGUCAUCCGGUAAUGUUAGCAGCUGUGUUUCGCCGUAUUUCCACCGAUUAUAGAAAUUGUCGAAGUGGUUUUCCAGAUCUAACUGUUUGGAAUGAUGCGACAGUCGAUCUCGCGUGGAUUUUUCCGGAUAAGGAAAAGUCAGUCAGUGCAUGUCAGAUUUGA